AUGAAGCGCCCUGUUCAGUCACGGUCGGACCUGGAGGACUUAUUGGCGACCACCACACUGGACUUGGGAGUCUCUAAUGUGAGCGAGUCAGAGCCGGACGAGAUAUCGUUGGUAUUGGAAGAGGCCAGGAAGCGAGCGGCAAGUCAGGCCUGGAGGCGGAGUUUAUUCGUCUCGUUCGCCGUUGACGGGGAGCACCACAGGAAGGGAGUAUAUGAGUCGGCCAUGUACUGGGGACAUGGUCAUGAGAACGGGUUCAUGUGA